AUGGCGGCUCCACGGAAACAGAUGCAACUGAACUUCUUCGAUACAGCUUGCACAGGCUGCGAAACUGACAAGCAUCAAAGGGACCCAAACGACAACUCGAGAGGAAAGGACCGUCUUGGCUAUUACACCUGGCUCGCGAAAAUAGCAGAAAAGGGGAAAAUCUCCUCCCUUUUCUUUGCAGAUGUGUACAGCCCUCAUGAGGUUUAUGGAGGUAAUGGAGAUGCUUCCUAUAGAGGGGGUUCUCAGAUUGGGAGAAUGGAUCCUACCAUCUUAGUGUCGGCCAUGGCUGCAGUGACGAAAAAUCUGUGUUUCGGAAUCACGGGGUCAACGUCGUAUAUUCCCGCCUACAUGUUGACCAGAAUGUGGUCCACUAUGGAUCAUGUUACUGAAGGGCGAAUUGGCUGGAACAUUGUCACGAGUUACAGCAAACCGGCUGCAAAAGCAUUUGAAUCCUGGGAAGACGGUGCUCAACUCUGGCAAGCCGAGCCAGAAAUGGCCUAUGACCCCAGCAAAGUCCACCGAAUCGAGUUCAACGGCAAAUACCAAAAGUUCUCAGGCUACGGCCAACUUCACCCUUCACCCCAACGGACACCAGUGCUCUUCCAAGCCGGUUCCUCACCCGCAGGAAUCAAAUUCUCAGCUAAGAAUGCAGAAGCCGUCUUCACAAGCCACCCUACUAUUGAACGCCUCCGCUCAUUCGUAGACAAGUUACGUACAGAAGCAAAAGCCAAUGGCCGAGAUCCCCAAUCCAUCAAAGUCUUCACGGCAAUCCUGCCCAUCAUUGGAAGAACAGAAGAAGAAGCCCAAGCCAAGCUCAAGAAAGGCCUCGAGAACACCUCCUGGCAAGGCGGGCUCGCCCGCUUCGGCGGCUUCACCGGCGUGGAUCUGGCGAAGUAUCCGCUGGAUGAAGAGUUCGACUUCGAGGGGAAGAAGUACGAGGUUGGGAUCCAUAGUUUGGUGGAGACGUUUAAGUAUUUGAGUGACAUUGAACGGUGGACGCCGAGGAAACUGGGCAUUGCGAUGGCGAGUGGGGGGCUAAGUGCUAUGCCCGUGGGCACCCCGGAGCAGGUGGCGGAUGUGUUUGAGAAGUGGUUUGUUGAGGGGGAGUGCGAUGGGUUUAACAUGUCCUAUAUGUCGAAUCCGGGUAGUUGGGAAGACGUAGUUGAGUUGCUGGUCCCUGAGUUGCAGAAGAGGGGUAUUUACUGGACUGAUUAUGCAGUUCCCGGAGGGACUUUCAGGGAGAAUAUGCAAGGAAAGCCGGGACAUCCACUAUUACCGGAUGACCAUCCUGAUGGCAUUCGCGAAAGGUGGAACCCGUGA